AUCCCAACAAAGCUCCGGAAAUCUCGAUCAGGAACCCACGGGGGCUGUCAGAUGAGCAAAUUCAAAAGAUAUCCCAGACCCUCAGAAGUGUUGCUGAAGCCAGGCUGGGGACAGAGGUGCUCUACGAACUGAUUGAGAAGGGGAAGGAGAUUCUCACUGACAACAACAUUCCUCAUGGCCAGUGUGUGAUCUGCCUCUACGGAUUCCAGGAGAGAGAAGCCUUCACAAAGACCAAGUGCUACCACUACUUCCACUCCCACUGCCUGGCCCGCUACGCCCAGCACAUGGAGGAGGAGAUCCUCAUGCAACAGGAGGAGAGAGAGCAGCACCUGGCGCCAUCCCCCAAACAGGAAGUCGGUGUGCAGUGCCCCGUUUGCCGGGAGACCCUGGUCUACGAUCUCUGUGCUUUGAAGGCAGCGCCGCCCCCGCAGCACCCGCUGGAGCCGUACAGGCCAGAUGCCAAGACGCUGCAGCACCAAGAAGAACUGCGCUUAAUUUUCAAGAGACAGCAAGAGAAAGGGGGCAUCAUUGACCCUGAAGCAGAGAGGAACCGUUACUUCAUCAGCCUCCAGGCGCCUCCAGCUGCUGUUGAUCCAAGCCAAGCAGCCGCUGCCUCUGAGCCACCGGUGAGUGCAAGCGCUGUGGACAUGCCCCAGCCGCCCAGCCAAGCCUCGGCUCCAGAGCCAGCCGGGGCGCCGGAGGCCAGGGCAGAACCCGGGCGGCCCGAGAGGCCUGCUGUGCCCAGGGAGCAACAGAGCAAGAGGGAGAGGUACAGAGGGGAGAGGCCAGGCCCCAGAGACCAGGGCAGGCAGUCGUGCAGCAGCUUGCAGGAACCGGCAGAGGAAGCCUGUCAUCUGCUCCACGGCUCCAGGGGGCCCAGGGGCUUUAGCCGGAGACCAGAGCGGAGACCUGGUAGGAGGCACAGCCAGGAGUUUCCAAAGCCUCACAGCAGAAGCAGGGCUGCUGCCUUGGCUGAAAGAAAGGAGUUGUGCCCUGAAGACCCCUCACCAGUAACAGAGGCAGUGGACUUGAAAGAGGAGCACCGUGAUGUGGAGAGAUGGACCCCGGAGGAGGAGGCUGAGGCCCACGGCAGGGAGAAGGAGAACCUGGCGUUCAACCGCAGCAACCACAGAGCAGCUCCCAGCUGGCAGGGCCACCACAGGCCCUGGGAUUGUGGGAGGUGGGAGAGAUCCAGGGUCCAGGAGCAUGGUUCCUACCCCAGAGCACCAAGAGGGCGAGGGGUGUUCAGGCCCGGUGGACGUCAAGAAGCCCAUCUCCUUGAGAAAGAGAGUGGCUCCUAGCAGGAGUGGUGAGGGGCUGGGCUGGGGGAGGGAAGGGCUGUUUCUGGGGAGAACAGUGAAGGCUCUGGUGGAGCAGUAGCAAGUAGACACCGUACCCCUUGGGAGGGAGGAGGCAGUUGGCAUGUGGCACAGCUUGGGACAGGCAGUGUCUCCAGGGCACGUGCAGAGCGAAGCAUCCUGGCGUGAGCGACUGGCUGUCACCAGCGUUGGAGAAGCUGACUCCUGAGAGAUCAUGUCAGCCUUGGUCUCGGAGGACCCAGGGGGCAGAGGAAGCCUUGACUGGGGACCUGCAGCCAUCAUCCCUGUACGUGAGCUGCCAAGAAAUGUGCAUACCUACAGAGCAAAUGGACUGAGCCCAGUGCAGUGCCACGGCAGAGCCAGAGUUGUGGCAGGACCUUCCCUGGAAGCCAGCGUACCAGCGGAGCUGUGGUGGUGCCAAGUGAUGAGGUUGUGCCAGGGCAGCAGCCUGGAGCUCAGCUUGCUGUGUCCCCCAGUCCUUCUCAGAGCGCCUUCUCAACUCCUGUCCCUGUCCCUGGGAGACAACAUCGCUUCUCCCGCAGCCCUGACCGCUGCUCAGCUGGUGGGCUCGGCCAGGUGAGUCCUUUGUAUGACAGGACACUUCCCAGUCCCAGCCAGGAGAGCUCAAUUAAGCUUAAGUCAACACAUUGGCAGGUCAGGGCUCUCUGGUGGCUGCGGCUUUGGGUUGGCUUCUGCUCCUCCAGGAAGGCUGAAUUUAGCUGGAGCUCCUGCCCUGUCCUUCAACUGCUUUUGUGCAGGCAGUCUCCACCUGUGAAGAGCACUCUGCUCUGCGACCUGCAUCUGUUGGGAUCCCCCUCUAAGGCUAGGCUAUCUCUUGGAGCUCCCAACAGCCCGGCGUGAAGACAUGCCCCAAUACUUUGGAUACUCUUACCCUCCUUUCAUCUUCGAGCUGAUCUUGCUUCAAAGAAAUGAGGAUUUGCUGUUUAACUUGGUGCGGUUCCUUCUGCUGCUGCUUCACAGAUGUAAACAGUGUCCCACUCCAGAGCCGUGACAGGCGAUCUCAAGCCUCUGAAAUGGGACACUGCUAUUAAAUUUAUUUGUUGGGCCUUCUCCAGAGCCUGCUCCCUUUGUUUUCUCUGCCCUCUCACUCCUGUUCUUUGCUGUUUGGAGCGAAGGUGUUGAUCCCUGGUAUUGCUCAUUCCCCUCCCUGCUCUCUACACCGGGGGCUGGGGCCAGGGCCAGGGCAGAGACCUUCCCCUGGCACUCCGGCGUGGCAGGAGGGCUCCCCGGUCCCUGCUUUGCCUGCCUCCAUGUAAGCUGUCUGGCUGACCCAGACAGUACUGAUUCCUUCACACUUGUUCGUGCCUUGUGCCCCUCACCUCUCUUUUGGCCACACGUGCGUCGUUUCUCCUCCUGCUGAGUGCAAAAAUGGCUGUGCUGCAAUGGACUUGCCAGAGCUUCGGGUGAGAUCCCUAGGAAACCAAGGGCUGCGUGCUGGCCAGGAGGGCGUUGGUGCUGCAUCUGCCCGAUUGAUCCUUUGGCACAUGAAGGGUGCACAGAAGCUGUCUCGAAUGGGCCCUCCUCACCUGCUGCCCUGCUCUCUCCACACCUGGCCUUGUCCUGAAGGGGUUGGUUUAACCCACUGCCCAAGAACCUUCCAUGCUUAAAUUUCCAACACUGGCCUAUUUUCAACCCUAAUGCUCUAAAAGCAUUUGUUUUUUUUCCCCUCCUUGGUCUGAGCCUACACUACCUGUCCUGGGCUUGGGGAUCUGAGCACCAGACAUUGUGCCCUGCUGGGGACAAGGGCUGAGCACUUGCUCCCUGAAGAGAGCCCUAAUUUUUCUUCAGUGCUUGCUUUGUCCUUGUUCCAGCCGGUUUCUGGGUGAACGGCCUGUCCACACUUCAGUGAAAAGGUGUAAACUUUAUCUGAUUUAUUGGUGCUUAUUCUGCUGCCUCCUGCCUUCACUUGUGAAACUGCUGUGCUCCAAGAAACGCAUCUGGUAUGUCCUGAAAGAAACAAAGAUCUCUGCCCCUCGCAGUAGCUGAAGCUCCUUGGCUUCCUCCAGUGAGCCAGGCUUACUCUCAGCAGGAAGACUGCUGUGCCCGAUGUUUGGAGCACUGGAGUUCAGCCAUGGAAUCGGAGUGAGCGAGGACUUGAGUAACUUCAAUCAAAUGUCACACAUGUUAGAGGGGAGGGUUUUUUCCUGGGAGUAGGGAUUUAGGAAGGGCCCUCACCUUUCUGACUCACUGCUGUCAGCCUGGAGCAGAGGAUUUUGCAACAGCACGUGGAAGUGAAUUUGGGCUAAGCAAAACAAACCUCCGGGUCAGAAGGGAGGAACAGAGCCUGCACCCUGCGCCUUGGGGCUCCUCAUUUGGUGUCUGCCUGUAUCACCCACCUACCUCACAGGGCUGUUGUGAGGCUUAACUGGCAAAAGCACUCGGGCUGGGCAGAAGGGUACUGGCAGCAUCUGUAGCAUUAACACUAUUAAAAGCAGAGUGACAGAUG